UAAGCUUGGACAAAGAAAAAUUGAAAAACAGUGACGAUGUGAACACCGUCGUGGUAAACAACAAUGACGAAUCAGAUCACAGCAUGAUCCUCUGGUCUUAAAUUCAGAAUCUGGAUGACAUUAUUCUUUCCUUCAUUUUCAAAGUUGCUCUAUUCUUCAUCUUCUACCUUUCCCGUUUAUCUCUGUACAGCAUGCUUGUACUCUAAACAAACACUGAUAGGGUUGCCAUCAGCAGCAAAAGACAUGCUAAGGUCUCGGAGACGCCCCAAUUACGGGGCACAGGCGUGCGCUCUUUUCUCCGCUCUUCUCCUCCUCGUCUCCGUCUCUCUCCUCUACACGCGUCUCUCUCUCUUCUCCUCUCAUUCUCACUCUCACUCUCACCACCAUCUCCGGACAAGCUCCGAUUCCCAAGGCGACGACGCACUUCUUUUUCAUAACUCCCUUGUCUCCGACUCCGAAGAAGACUCAUCCAAUUCUUCAUCUAAGGACGACAAGAUCGAUGAGCAUGAUGACACCCCCGAAGAGGAUCAAAACGAUGCCGCCGUCAAUUCUGCCUUUAAUGAAGAGGAAGAGAAUCAAGAAGUCGAUCAGGAGCAAGAGACAGAAAGUGAUCGGGGCGGCAAGUUUCCCUCUUCUGGGUAUUAUUUUGAUCACUUCAAUGGGGUAAUCAGGCGGACUUUUAGCAAGCGAUCGAUUGAGGAAUGGGAUUAUGAUUAUGCAGGGUUUAAUGUAGGAUUGGGUGGCGAGGAUUUCGACUAUAAGAGCAAGACGGCGUUUGGUUCCGAUGAUAUUCCUGUGGAUGAAGAGGUUCGGGGGAAGAUGAGCGAUGUUUCCGGGAUCGAGGACGCUCUGUUGCUUAAAAUUGGGAAGAAGGUGUCGCCGUUGAGACAAGGGUGGGGAGAUUGGUUUGAUAGAAAGGGCGAUUUCCUGAGGAGGGAUCGGAUGUUUAAGUCCAAUUUGGAGGUGCUGAAUCCGAUGAAUAAUCCUUUGCUGCAGGACCCAGAUGGGAUCGGCAUUACUGGCUUGACAAGAGGUGAUAGAGCGGUGCAAAAAUGGCUGCUGAACGAGUUCAAAAGAGUCCCCUUCAUGGCAAAGAAGCCUUUGAGUGUUUCCGGGAUAAACCGAGAAGCCAGUUUGCGAGAAAAUGACGCUGGCAUUAAGGUGGGGAGAACAAGGAUUGAGAAAAGGGUGACUGAGGGCAAUGUGGAGGCUAGAAGUGAUGGGUUCAAGAGACCCGAGCGCAAAACUUUAGAUAAUGAUGUGGGUGUUGGCUUGAAUAACAAAAGAGCAAACAAUGGCCUUAGCAGAAAAGAUGAUAUGAGGAAAGAUUCUUCUAUUGCUGAAAAAGGAGAAAUGGGAGGGUUGAAAAAUGUGAAUUCUAAAGCUCAUGAGAGUUGGAAUGAGUUCUCCGGUCAUAUAUAUGCAGAUGGAAAGAGAUGGGGUUACUUUCCUGGUUUGGAUCCUAUGCUGUCAUUUUCAGAUUUUAUGGAUGUGUUUUUCAGGAAAGGGAAGUGCAAAAUGAGAGUUUUUAUGGUGUGGAAUUCGCCACCAUGGAUGUAUAGUGUUAGACACCAGAGGGGACUAGAGAGUCUGCUUGGCCAUCAUCGAGGUGCUUGUGUUGUAGUGUUCUCAGAGACAAUGGAGCUUGAUUUCUUCAAAGAUAGUUUUGUGAAAGAUGGUUACAAAGUUGCUGUUGCAAUGCCCAAUCUUGAUGAAUUGCUUAAGGAUACACCUGCCCAUAUAUUUGCUUCUGUCUGGUUUGAAUGGAGAAAGGCAAAGUUUUAUGCUACUCACUAUAGUGAGCUAGUCCGACUUGCUGCUCUCUACAAAUAUGGUGGCAUUUAUCUUGAUUCCGAUAUUAUAGUCUUGGGGUCAUUAUCAUCACUCAAUAAUUCUGUUGGAAAGGAGGGUCAGCUUGCUGGAGAUUCUUUGAAUGGUGCUGUGAUGGCAUUUAGAAGGCACAGUCCUUUCAUACUAGAGUGCUUGAGAGAGUACUACAUGACGUAUGAUGAUACUCGUUUGAGAUGGAAUGGGGCCGAUCUUUUGACAAGAGUUUCCAGAAACUUUUUCAACAAACAAGACAUGCUUACCAAACAGUCUCAGUUGAAUGUUCAGCCAUCUUUCAUUUUCUUCCCUAUUAGUCCACGGGAUGUUGUGAGAUAUUUUACAACACCGGCAACAGAGAUUGAAGAGGAGCAACAAGAGGCUUUGUUCAAAAAGAUUUUGAGUGAAUCUUUGACGUUUCAUUUAUGGGACUACUUGACAGCUACUCUCACUCCAGAACCUCUGAGCCUUGCAACCAAGCUUAUUGACUUCCCAUGUAUCCGAUGCUCCGAUGUGUUAUGAUUACGUACCCAACUCCCUCAAUGUUGGAACAAAAAUUGGGCAAGUAGAAGUUCUUAAAUUUUGUGACUGCAGUAAGAGAAAUUUCUGGCUUCAAGUUUGUAGAGAUUGAAUUUUGCAUGGGAACUCGAACAUCAGGCCCUGGUAAUGAGUAUUGUACAGUUUUAGCGAUGUGGGCAUGUUAAUUUUGUUACAUGCAUGGGUUCAAAUAGGUUCAAUCUUGUGUCACUGAUUCACAGCUGAUUUUGAGAGAAGCUUGCAAGCAUUUUUGUUAAGUUAGGUUGGGUGCAGUACGAAUUGUAAUUUUAUGUAAUUCUCUUUUGUACAAGUAUAAUUUAUCAAAUA